AAAGAAGAAAAUGAUUCCGUGUACCAUACUCUUUGAAAAGAAAAAAAGAAAAACUUUACCAAACGCAAAAAUACUCUUCGAAAAAGAAAACAUUUGAAAUAUCGAGAGAGUAGAGACAGCGCCGCCUCCGAAGAUCAAACUUGGUUGAGAAAAUGAUGUGCCGUAGGACGGAGUUGUAUAGAGAGUUGAAGCAGCGUAUCACACAUCUUCGACAUUUCUGCGACACGCAACAAAAACAUCUUCAAGAUCUCGAAUUGCUCAAGUGCUUCAAAUCUGAGAUUCAAUUCGAGCUUGCCUCUAAUCACUUUCAGAAUGCUCGAAGUGAUUCCUCCUUAGGGGACUUUGUGGUGGACCCGAACUCACCCAGUUCCAAAGAUGUGGUUUUGCGAAGAAAAUUCGAUUCGGGUGAGGAAAUUGCAAUUUCUGCUAUUCUGGGACCUCCCAACUACGUGAAAGACCUUGUUUUUCCAAGGGAUGCUUUUGUGAAAGUUUGUGUGAAAAAGCCAGCAUUGAGCUCCAUGUUGCAGUUUGACUGUGAUGUUUAUGAGGAAACUGAUAAGGGCUCUGAUUUUGACAUCUACAAUGCUUAUUAUCUCAGAUCACCUACAUGUCUCAGCCCUUCCAUUUACAGAGGCCCUUUAUUCCGCACAUUGGAUGAUGAGUUGCAAGAUGCUCUCAAGGAAUACCUGAUAGCCAAGGGCAUUGGGGUAAGCCUGACCAAUUUCCUUCUCCACUACCUACACAAAAGAGAGCAUGAGCAGUACAUGAACUGGUUGAAGAAAGGUGAAGCAGCAUUCGUGGCAAAAGAAGGGUCAUUGAGGGAAUCAUCAGAGUUACAUUCUUGAUUAAUGUGUACUCAUAUUUUAGUCAAUAUUUUUGAGAGUUCGGAAAAUGAUUUGGUUGUCUGAUAAGUAAACUGAUUAGUAAAAUGUAGAAUCAUGUUUGUUACUUUCUUUUGUAAAUGAUAUGCAUCUCAAAUUUUGUAGAAGUUAGAUAAGAGAAAUUUUAUAAAAGUUAAGUGUAUAAGUUUGAUUUUAACUUAUGGGAUACACUUAAUUAAUUU